UGAAUUUGGUUUAAAAUGUGCUACGACGGCCUUGAGCUUCACUUGCACUUUUACUCGAACUACUGGAAGUAAGAACAACACUGCCAAGAUGCCGAUUGACUUGAACGGAUACUGGAAAAUGAUUUCCAACGAUAACUUCGAGGAGUAUCUGAAGGCGCUCGAGGUCAAUGUGGCCAUCAGGAAGAUCGCCACCCUGCUGAAGCCCGACAAGGACAUCACGCAGGACGGGGACCACAUCACCAUCAAGACGCUCAGCACCUUCAAGAACUACAACAUGGACUUCACCGUGGGGCAGGAGUUCGAGGAGGACCUCUCAGGGGUGGACGACAGGAAGUGCAUGACCACUGUCUCCUGGGAUGGGGACCGGCUGGUGUGUGUGCAGAAGGGAGAGAUCGAAGGCAGGGGCUGGACCCACUGGGUGACCGGUGAUGAGCUCCAUCUGGAGUUGAGAGCAGGUGGAGCUGUUGCCCAGCAGGUGUUCAAGAAGACCUAAGACGGCUGCACCAGGAACCAAAAUGGCGCCUGUUGGAUCAGAGGCACAUCACCAGAUACAACCGAACACACCAAUACUUCCCUCCUCAGUUAAACAUCCUACCACACAUGUAUUCCUUAAAUGAUAUUAUAUAUUAGGGAUAGCUAGCUAAAGGCAUGAUCAUGAGUUUCUCUGAUAGGCUGAUGACAAUGAGUUCUCUGACUGGUUGUUGUUCUAGAUAGAUAUGAAGCCAAAUAUUUAUUUGCCAUAAUGAACAGCGCUUAUUUAAAUUUAUAAUGACACUUAAUCUACUCAAGGCGGUCAAAGUGUUGAUAAAAUGCAAUGUAUAUGUUUUUUUUUCCCAAUCCAUUUGUGAUGGUGCCUUUCAAAAGCAAUCAAUAAAUAAACGUCCAAAUAUGUUACUGAUACGACAA